GGCUGGCUGGGCUGGGACUGCGGGCACAUACCGAGCACAAGCGGGGGAGGGGGUUUGCCCAGGUGUUCGUAGAGCUGACAGCCCGGUGCUUCGCCAAGAACAAGGAAUUACUAUGUGGAACAUUUUGAUGAGACCAGGUUCUAUAUGCUUUACAAGAUCCCAGUAACCAGGCUUUGCACUUGUAAUCACCACUGAAGAUAUAUAUAAUAAAUUCAACAUUUUGCACUUUGAACUGAACACUGAAUUACAUCAAAAUGUGGCCUGUAGUAACCCAACUGUUGAUAUACUUCUUCUUCUGCUGGGCGGAGGAAGGAAAAAGAUAUGGACCUGUCUUUGAAGAACAACCAAUUGACACUAUUUUUCCUGAAGAAUCUAUGGAAGGCAAAGUCUCAGUGAACUGCAGAGCUCGAGCAAACCCUCCUCCUGUUUACAAGUGGAGAAGGAAUAAUUGGGAGAUAGACCUUCUUAAUGAGCAUUACAGUUUGGUGGGUGGUAACCUUGUCAUCAACAAUCCAGACAAAUACAAAGAUUCUGGGAAAUAUGUUUGCAUUGUCUCAAAUAUGUAUGGGAAAGUCUGGAGUAGAGAAGCCAAUUUAAACUUUGGAUAUCUGGAUCCGUUCCCGACAGAGGAACGCUAUGAAGUAAAAGUGAAAGAAGGAACUGGAGCCGUUCUCAUAUGUGAUCCCCCUCCACAUUUCCCUGAUGAUCUUAAUUAUCGCUGGCUUUUAAAUGAAUUUCCUGUGUUCAUUUCACCUGAUAAUAGAAGAUUUGUUACACAAGCAAAUGGAAAUUUAUACAUUGCAAAAGUGGAGCAAUCAGACCGAGGCAAUUACUCAUGUUUUGUCUCCAGCCCUUCUGUUACCAAAAGUGUAUUCAGCAAAUUUAUUUCACUACUUCCACAAACUGACACUUCAGAGAAACCUAAACGUUAUACACCUGUUAUUAAUGUCAAAUUUAAAGACACUCGUGCCUUGAAAGAUCAAAACGUCACACUGGAGUGUUUUGCUUUGGGAAAUCCUAUUCCUGUAAUCACAUGGAGAAAAACAAAUGAGGCAAUGCCAGCUUCAGCUGAGAUAAGCAUGUCUGGGGCUGUCUUAAAGAUUUUCAAUAUCCAGCCCGAAGAUGAAGGAACGUAUGAGUGUGAAGCUAAAAACAUUAAAGGGAUGGACACACACAAAGCAUAUGUAUAUGUAGAAGGUGUGCCAGAAUGGGUAGAACACAUCAAUGAUACAGAAAGAGAUAUAGGCAGUGAUUUGCACUGGGCCUGUGUUGCUAAAGGCAAGCCACAGCCUAGCAUCAGAUGGCUGAAAAACGGAGCAUCGUAUGGAAAGGGUGACCUAAUAAAGAGAGGGCUUACUUUGGAAGACGCUGGAAUGUAUCAGUGCAUAGCAGAAAAUAUGCAUGGAAUUAUUUAUGCAAAUGCUGAGUUAAAGAUUCUCGCUUUAGCACCAACAUUUGAAUUUACUCCUAUGAGAAAGAAAGUUUUAGCUGCCAAAGGAGGACGUGUAAUCAUUGAGUGCAAGCCAAAAGCUGCUCCAAAAGCCAAAUUUUCAUGGAGUAAGGGGACGGAACUGCUCAUAAACAGCAGUCGCGUAUCAAUCUGGGAUGAUGGUAGCCUAGAAAUUCUGAACAUAACAAAGCUUGAUGAAGGCAGCUAUACUUGUUUUGCAGAAAAUGACAGAGGAAAAGCAAAUAGCACUGGAGUACUCUCUGUUACAGCUGCCACAAAGAUAACCCUUGCACCUUCGAAUGCUGAUGUGACUGUUGGUGAAAAUGCAACCAUGCAGUGUCACGCAUCUCAUGACCCCACAUUGGACCUUACAUUUAUCUGGACUUUAAAUGGUUUCCCAAUUGAAUUUGACAAGGAGGAUGGACAUUAUGAACGGGCUAUAAGGAAUGAUGUUGGUAGUGAACUUGUUAUAAAAAAUGCACAACUUAAACAUGCUGGGAGAUAUACUUGCACAGCACAAACAAUUGUUGACAACUCCUCAGCUUCAGCUGAUCUUGUAGUCAGAGGUCCCCCUGGUCCACCAGGUGGUGUCAGAGUAGAAGAAAUAAGAGAUACUUCUGUUAAAUUAACAUGGAGUAGUGGAACAGACAAUCACCAGCCAAUUUCCAAGUAUAAUAUUCAGGCGAAAAACAUUCUGUCUGAAGACUGGAAAGAUGUAAAGACAGAAAAUCCAAACAUUGAAGGAAAUAUGGAAAUGGCAAGAGCUAUAGAUUUGAUUCCUUGGAUGGACUAUGAAUUUCGGGUUACAGCAACAAACACAUUAGGAGUUGGAGAACCUAGUUUGCCAUCACCAAAAAUAAGAACAGAGGGAGCUGCACCUAUUGUAGCUCCUGCUGAAGUUGGGGGUGGUGGUGGAAGCAAUCGUGAGUUAACAGUAACUUGGCAGCCUUUAUCACGUGAAUAUCAUUAUGGGGAUGGCUUUGGCUAUGUUGUCGCCUUCAAGCUUUUCAAUUACAGGGAAUGGAGAAAAGUUAUUGUUACAAACCCUGAAAGUGGUCACUAUGUGCACAAAGAUGACACCAUAACGCCAGCAACACAGUUUCAAGUAAAAGUAAAGGCCUUUAAUAAAGUUGGUGAAGGUCCAUACAGCAGCACUGUUGUUAUAUACUCAGCCGAGGAUGUACCUAUAGAAGCCCCAACAGCAAUAGUAUACAAUAUACUGUCAUCUUCUGAAGUAUCUGUUGCCUGGCACCCAGUUUAUGAGAAAUCUAUUGAAGGUUACCAGGUUCGCUACUGGCGAACUCAAGACAAAGAAGCAGCAGCACAUCGAGUACAGGUGAAAGCUUCAGAUAUUACAACCAGGCUUGAAGGAUUGUUGCCAGAUACCCAUUACAACUUAGAAGUUCGGGCCUUUAAUAGCGCAGGGGAUGGGCCGCCAAGCAGAGUGAUAACUUUCUUGACAAAGAAAGCUCCUCCAAGUCAAAAACCACGGAUUACUAGUGCUGUGAGAUAUGGUUCACAGUAUAUUAUCACCUGGGAACAUGUAGUACCUCUAUCCAAUGAGUCUGCUGUGAAUGGUUACAAGGUUCUUUACAGACAGGAUGGGCAGCGAGAUGGAAAGCUCUAUUCAACUGGUAAACAUUCAGUAGAAUUACCUGUCCCAGAAGAAGGAGAGUAUGUUGUUGAGGUUCGAGCUCACAGUGAAGGAGGUGAUGGAGCAGUUGCUUACAUUAAAAUUUCUGGUGAUGCGACAGGAAUUCUCCCCUCUUUCCUCGGAAUCCUUCUGCCAAUCCUAAGCCUGCUGAUGUAUUGGGAAUUUUGAAUGUAGCUACGUUUACAAUGUCCUGAGUGCAGUGUACUCUCUUCACAGCUGAAGGCAAUGAUUUUUUUUUCUCUUCUUUUUUGUUGGAGAUUACUCCGGUACCAUCUUAAGCCAAAAAGAAAAAGAUAUUACCCUACUGUUUUAUUAUGAACUGAAAAAAAAGGCAUUCAGGAACUCCACACAUGAAGGGAUUAUUUUCAAGGAAGAAAAGUUUUUAACUUGUUCCACUAUGCCUUAUGAAACACGUACGCCAAUAUUUGACAGUUGCAUGAUCAAACGGGCAAGUUACAGUGUUAAAUUGCAAUACCUUAGACUGUACAGUGAAAGCAAAGUCACCAUCCAUAGGUGAUUUCAAGAAAUAAAAAAUGUGAUAUAUAAUAGAGAUACAAAUGUUGUAUAUGGUAAGUGUAAGAAAAACGCCAUCUGUCUAUACUGUUUUGUGUGCUACAUACUUUUAAGUGGCCCAUGUCUAUUGUUUGCAAGGUUCAGGCUUCUAGACAAAUAGUCAGAACAAAAACAGUCAUUAUAUGACAAAAAACUAAUGUUUUCUCUAUAAUAAAUGAAUGUACUUUCUUUAUAUAUGAUAGGGUGGGGGGAGGGCAGAGGGUGACUGUUUGACCAGGUUUCCAUAUGGAUCCAUUGAGUGCAUGAGAUGAAUGUAGAUUUCCUUGGCAUUACUAGGACUUAUGACAUAAGCAUUUUUUCUUUUACAGUAUAUAGGACAACACUCACUGUAAAACAAAUAAAUGGGCCUCAGAGACAUGUUAGAAACAUUCCAAAAUGUGCAAAUUGAGCUCUGGAGUGAAUCAACAUUGAGUUGAAUACAAUUUGGUUUUACUAAUAAUAUCUCUGCUGUGGGGUUAGCUUUAUUCUACAGUAAUGCAAUGGUAAUCCUACCAUGGGAAAUAAUGUAUACCUUUUGUCUGGUGGCUUAUAGGCGAGAAGGAGAACAUUGUCGUCUUCAAAAAAAUAAAAUGUUCUUAUAGCACAGUUGUCUACCCUCAGCAUAAAAGCAGAGAAUUUAGGCAUUUGCAAUCCUUCAAGGGUAUAAUGUUUAUAAUAGGACAGGCUGGUAAGACCAGCUCUGGAUAUUGCCCAGGUUAGGUAUUUGUAUUUUCAGCACCAAGAAUUUUUAUUAAUCUUUGCUGUAAAAUGGAAAGGCUUUGGUGCACCAGUAAGCGAGUUAUUACUAUUUGUUUGUUGCUGCAUUGUCUUGUCCUUUGUGUAACGGUUUCUAACCAAGCAUCCUGGCAUUUAAUUAGGUUAUUUUUAUUUGACUGCUUUGUGUAGCAAUAAGCCAGUUGUUCUGUAUGUGACUAUAUCAGCUCAGAAAUGCAAUGGAUCCUACUUUUUAGUUACAUCAAAAUGAUCUUUCCUAUUAGAUUGCUUUUUGUUCCAAGAAAUUCGGGAGGAGGUUUAUAAUUCUGUAUUAUGAAAACUGGUAUUUUUGAUCUCUACUUUGUUGCUGUUUACACUACGUGAUCACAAAUGGUUGAUACAGUGUGGCAUGGUGUGGUAACUUUUACUGUGACUUUGUUCAGAGUUUAUUGUGUAUAGUUGAAGAUGUGAAGACUGUUGUCUGUGUGGUACAGUAAUAAAAGUUGGUGCAGUAUAUUUUCAGAGAUGGUAAAUAACAAAGGCAUCAUCAACAAAAGGCAUCUGGGAAAAGGCGUGUUAACAGCCCCUUAAUGAAUGUAUUUGCUCUGGCUUUGUCUGUAUCUUUUAUGUUUAGCCAUAAAAAUGAUUUCCAAGGUGCGCUUCAAAUUUUAAAGUUCUGUGUGAGUGGUAUUGGGAAAAAAACACUUUUUUCAAGAUGGUUCCAGUAAUGGUGCAAUGUUUUCUUUUCUUUUUAUUCUUAGCACAAACUUGUUAUAUGAUUAAAUAUAGCUAUUUACUUUUUAUAUAUAAAUUACCCUACAGAUUUUAUUAAUAGAAGAAAAGAAAAUCUCAAUUUACUGUGUACUUGUCAUACUGUAUAGAGACUGCAUUCUGAAAACAAAAAGAAUACUAAAAUAGAAGAACCACUGAAAUGAUAUAGAAAUGUUCAAUACCUUGGAGGAAAAGCAUAUGCACUGAUACACAGUUGUGUUUGUGUGUAAAUGCAUAAUCCUUACACACAACAUGUUUUUUUUAUUUUCAAAUGCAUGAUGUCCUUUUACCUUUCUAACAUACACAUUGAACAAUGUGCUUGGAUCUGAGAUGUAGAAAAAGAAAAGUUGUUUAAUGCAGAUUUGGUUUUAAAGCAAAUUCACAAUGCUCCUCGAAGUAGUAUUCAAUGCACUUACCAUGUGUCGCUACUGGCGCUUUACCUGUGCUCAAAACUGCCAUCACCCAAUCACAGGACAAGUGACAAUGACCAUUUGGGAUUGAAAAUGGGAACUUGUUUAUCAGAAUAGAGCAAUACCCAAUCUGGUUCCAUUUAACCCAUUUCUUAACUACUUACACAUGUUUAAUUUGCUUAUAUUUAGAUGUGUUUGGGUUUCUUUAAUAAUGCGAUUGUACAAGAUAAUUUGUUAGUUGAAUUUUGCACUUUUUUUUUACUUUAUUGGUUUAUAUGUUAUACUUUUUUUUACAGUGGAAUAGGUAGAAGUGAGAUAUUUUUUUUAUGAAGGAACCCAAGUUAAAAUGUAAUAAAUAUCAGUAUUACUCACAAUGUAACUGUUGGCCUAUACAUUUACCAAAAUGUUAUGUUUUGUUAAAAAAAAAUAAAGUAAAAGAAAACUUCCACCAAAUAAAGGUAUUUGACAAACAA